AUGAAGCAUCUGGGCGAGGACAUCAAUUGUAGCGCAAACGGGGAUAACGCCGCCAUCACCGUGGCUUCUACAACAUCUAGAGAGCUUUUAACUGCUUGUGACUUCGACGUGACCGGUGUGAAAUACGGUGGAAAGCCCGAUUAUGAUAUUACUGAGGCUUUAGCAAAUGCAUGGAAAGAUGCAUGUGCAUCAACAUCAGCAAGUAAAGUUCUUGUUCCAAAUGGGACAUACAAACUAAAAGAAGCAAGUUUCAAAGGUCCAUGUAAGGCACCUAUUGAGCUUCAAGUCCAAGGCACAUUAGAGGCGCCACAGGCCAGCGCCCAACUAUCAAAACCAGAUACUUGGAUUGAAUUUUCCAAUCUUGAUAAUUUCACACUAUUGGGUGGUGGAACCUUUGAUGGCCAAGGACAAAAAGCUUGGUUGGCCAAUGAUUGCCACAAAAACUCAAAGUGCACAUCUAUUGCCAUUAAUAUGAGAUUCCACUCUGUCAAAAACUCGUUAGUUAAGGAUGUAACUUCACUUAACAGCAAGAACUUUCACGUUAACAUAAUAGGGUGCGAGCAACCAAGGCCACAACUUACAUUCCAACAUUUCACGGUAAUUGCACCGGAAAAUAGCACUAACACAGAUGAAAUACAUAUCGGGCGCUCGACUAGGGUUAACAUCACUGAUUCGGACAUCAAAACAGGAGACAAUUGCAUUUCAAUUGGUGAUGGCACCAAGCAACUAACAGUAACUAACGUAACUUGUGGACCAGGCCAUGGAAUAAGCAUUGGAAGUCUUGGAAAGUACCAAAACAGCUUUUCUUGUUUGAAGGCUCCAUCAAAAGUCAAGAUCAGCAAUGUGAGUUUUAAGAACAUUAGAGGGACGUCUUCCACUCCGGUGGCCGUGAAGAUUGCAUGCGCCACGGGAUUACCAUGCGAGAAGGUGGAGAUGACGGAUAUUGAUCUCAAAUACAGUGGAAAUGAAGGCUCUAUUACGUCUCAGUGCUCUAAUGUAAAACCCACAGUUACUCGAGUGGCAAAUACUCUUGCUUGUGCUACCAAGCCUUGA